AUGCUGCAACAAGGUAGCUGUCAUUUUCAUUAGUUGUGCAGUGGUUAGUUGUUAGCUAGUUAGCUAUAGCUGUGGCUGCAAACCAAGCUAGACAAGCAGUUUAAACACAUCCAGCUAACAACUGAUCAACCGGUGUCGGAUCUCGGUAGGUGGAACAAGAGUUUGCUGUUUUCUCCUCGCUGAAUGAACACAAACACUCGCAAAAUAGGUUUGGGUGACUGCGUGAAAAGGAUAUGCAGGAUGCAGAAACAUUGAGGACACACACUCUCGCCAUGGCGUAUCCCCCACCCCCUUCCCCUGUUUAAGAGCACCUGCCGUCAGCCAUCUUGCCAUCGGGGCUUCAGAGUGGAGCCCCACAAUCCAGAGACACACCCCAACACACUACAGUCCCAGCCCUCUGUGUGUGCACAAGGUGUGUGUGAGUUGGGUUUCGGCCCCCUUCCUGUUGGAAGAUGUCUGUGCUGAUGCCCCUGGAUGGGGUUGGAGAGGGCGAGAGUGCACCAUCAUCUGAAAUUCCUGCUCCCAGCCGCUGUAAAGGGAGCGCCACCACACUGAAUAAAGAGAACAACAGUGAGAACAACGGCACAGACCAUGAUGACAACGUCACGCAGGACACACAGAAACGCUGUCAGAACCAUGGCCAUAGCAGGAAAAGAGCCAAGUCCAAUGCCAAGCUAAAACUGGUGAGAAGUCUAGCAGUGUGUGAAGAGUCUUCAGGCCUAUUUCCUACUGAUGGACCUCCAGAGAACCAGGACAUUAUACAGCUCCACAUCAGUUGUCCAUCAGACAAAGAAGAGGAGAAGUCAUCAAAAGAUGAGUACGAAAGUGAAGAGCGGGAGAAAAAGGACAAGACUCCACACAGGAUGCUCUCACGUGAUUCCAGCCAGGAGUACACAGACUCUACAGGCAUAGAUGUGCAUGAAUUUUUGGUGAACACACUGAAAAAUAACCCCAGGGAUAGAAUGAUGCUGCUGAAGCUGGAACAGGAUAUACUGGAGUUCAUUAACGAUGACAAUAAUCAGUAUAAGAAGUUUCCCCAGAUGACCUCGUACCAUCGCAUGCUGCUUCAUCGAGUAGCAGCUUAUUUCGGUAUGGACCACAAUGUGGACCAAACCGGCAAAGCAGUCAUCAUUAACAAGACUUGCAACACUCGCAUUCCUGAGCAAAGAUUUUCUGAGCACAUUAAGGAUGAGAAAACUAUGGAUUUCCAGAAAAAGUUCAUCCUCAAGAGAGAUGAUGCAAGCAUGGACAAAGAUGAUAACCAGAUUCGGGUUCCUCUGCAGGAUGGUCGUCGCAGUAAGUCUAUUGAAGAGAGAGAAGAGGAAUACCAGCGCGUCCGAGAUCGGAUCUUUGCACGAGAAGUGUUUUUUUCUUCACAGUCUUCUCAAAACGGAUACCUCAACGACAACAGACUUUCCACAGAAGGCUGCUACUCUUCCUCUCAUAAGAGAAGGCAAAUCUUUAGGGCAAACAAGGACAGCUCUAGUCGACCGUCCAGCAGUCGCCAGAGCAGCACAGAUAGUGACAUGAAGAGUCUGGAGCCACGGCCGUGGAGCAGCACUGACUCGGACAGCUCGAACCGAACACUCCGGCCUCCUGUCACCAAGGCCAGCAGCUUCAGUGGCAUUUCCAUCCUAACACGUGGAGACAGCCUGGGCAGCAAGGGCUCUCAGGGCAGUGCCAGGGGAUCACGCACAGGUCUCCCUCUCGUCACCACAGAGGCUUGCCCCCUGUUACUACAACCAAGCCGCACUCUUCUGCCUUGCCCUUCCAACUGCCCGUCCAGUGCUCCCCAGAAUCAAGCUCUUCCACCUCUUCAAACGGCUCUGCUGCCCACCCCUACACACACUCUCACACACAAUCACACUCUCGCUCACCCACAGCACAUAAUCAGCGGCCAUAGCCACAGCCAUAACCACAACCACAUGCUGCCACAGCCAGUGGCAUCUUUGCAGCCCUCUCCACAGUCUGUUACAUACUCCAGCACUUCCUGCCCUCAGGUCAUCCUGCCCGUUUCUCCUUCACAGCAGUAUAACAUGGCUGACGAGUUGACCCCAGGUUUUGCACAGAUCUCUUUGAGCCGUCAGGGCUCCAGCGAAGCUCCAGAACCACCAGGUCUCUAUCAGCCUCCCCCUGCUGUCCUGUCCCAGCAUCCACCGCCACAGCCAGGCUACAUGAUUGCUCCACCACCAUCUGGCUACCAGCCACCAACACCCCACCCACAUCAACCUCCACCGGCUCCACCUCCCAGUCAGCCUGUCCUUCAGACAGCUCCGCCCACACAGACCUACAUGCAGCCACCUCCACCACCCCAACAGAUCCAGGUGCAGUAUUAUUCAACAGGUGGGCAGUAUCCUAAUUCAGGGCAGCAGUACAGGUCCAUGUCCCACCAGGUGUCGUACCCUGCUCAACGCUCUCAACCCCUCCCUCCACCAACGCAACCUUCUGCUACUCUUCAGCCUAUUAUGGCCAGUCAGCAGCCAGCAUACCAAGGCAUGAU